AUGGCCUCUUCAAAUGUCGUUUCACCUUAUUCAGAAUCAUCAAAUUUGGUUGCAGAAGAACCAAAGCCUUUAAACGAACGAGUAGAGUACAUGCAUUCAAACCAACUACCUAUUAGUGGUCAUCCGAAUAACAAGAUCGAUCGAACAAGUCCUCGAAUUUAUGAUUGGUUACCAUGGUCAAUAACUAAUAUAUGCUUUGGUGGAAUACUUAUUGGCGUGAUUCCAUUGCCGUUUAGUCUUCUCUGUCGAGAUUACAAAACAAAAAAUAAUGCAAGUAGUGCAAGAACAAUGAGUAAGUUGGCUCUUAUUUUCAAUAUUCUCGCUACAUUAUUUGAAAUUGCUUUCUGGAUUACAUUUAUUGUUCUAGCCGUUAAUGGUGAAUUAGUUUUCAGUACGUAUUGUCGUUACUAA